ACCUGACACACACCUGUUCUCCUCCCACACACACCUGACACACACCUGUGCUCCUCCCACACACACAGACCUGACACACACCAGUGCUCCUCCCACACACACACCUGACACACACCUGUGCUCCUCCCACACACACCUGACACACACCUGUGCUCCUCCCACACACACAGACCUGACACACACCAGUGCUCCUCCCACACACACACCUGACACACACCUGUGCUCCUCCCACACACAGACCUGACGCAGCAGCGGGAAACUUGAUGCUCGUACACGAGUGAGUCGUCUGUGGAGUCACCGCCGACACCUGGUGACGUCAUCACUGCAGAGGGCGGAGCCAUGGCGCACAGUCAGCAAGAUAUUAGUCACAUGUAUGCCCCGCCCCACCCACACACCCUCCCCCCUUCCUCCUACUCCUGCAGUGGAGACAUGUACCUGGAGCAGCCUGCAGGGGGAUACCUGUCCUCCAACUUCCACCCUGCCCCUCCCCCGGCCCCUCCCCCGUCCUACAGCUCACCUGCCAACAAACCUGUGUCAGUAGAGGGCGCUGCUCUUCUGUCCAUGCUGCCGGAGUUUGGAGGUUUUUAUCCACAGAGCUGCCAAAGAGACGUGGAGAGGAAAUCCCUGCCGUUCCCGCUGGAGUCGCUCCGGAUGGCUCCGCCCCUCACUCCGCUCAGCACCAUCAGGAACUUCACACUCAGCGCGCCGUCGCCCGUCUCUGACGCCUUCCCCGGCCACCAGAACCUCCAGAACCUCCCGCUCAGACCCAUCCUCAGACCCAGGAAGUAUCCGAACCGGCCCAGUAAGACUCCGGUGCACCAGCGUCCGUACCCGUGUCCGGCAGAGAGCUGCGACCGCAGGUUCUCGCGGUCCGACGAGCUGAGCCGACACCUGCGCAUCCACACGGGACACAAACCUUUCCAGUGUCGCAUCUGCAUGAGGAAGUUCAGCCGCAGCGAUCACCUGACCACACACGUGCGCACCCACACCGGAGAGAAGCCGUUCACCUGCGAUCACUGCGGCAGGAAGUUCGCCCGCAGCGACGAGAGGAGGAGACACAUGAAGGUCCACCUGAGGCACAAGGACAAGAAGAACACCACGUCCUGAAGGACAACUAGCCCAGAGCUGAAGACCCAGAGACAAACGGAGACAUGCUGAGACAAACAGAGACAAACAGGACAAAUUGAGACAAACGGGACAAAUUGAGACAAACAGAGACAAAUUGGACAAAUGGAGACAAACGGAGACAAAUUGGACAAACAGAGACUAACGGAGACUAACUGAGACAAACGGGAAAAACUGCGACAAAUGGAGACAAACUGAGACUAAAUGAGACAAACAGGACAAACAGAGACAAACUGAGACUAAAUGAAACAAACGGAGACUAAAUGAGACAAACGGGACCAACUGAGACAAACGGAGACUAAAUGAGACAAACGGAGACAAGCUGAGACAAACGAGACAAACUGGACAAAUGGGACAAGCUGAGACAAACGAGACAAAUGGAGAUAAACGGAGACACAUUGGACUAACAGAGACAAGCGGAGACACAUUGGACUAACAGAGACAAACGGGGCAAACUGAGACAAACGGAGACUGACUGAGAAAAAUUGGACAAAUGGAGACUAAAUGAGACAAACGGGACAAACUGAGACUAAAUGAGACAAACGGAGACAAACUGAGACUAACGGGACAAAUGGACAAACGGAGACAAACGGGACAAACAGAGACACAUUGGACUAACAGAGACAAACGGAGCCAAACGGGACAAACGGAGACAAAAUUAGACAAACGGGACAAACUGAGACAAACGGAGACAAACUGAGACUAACGGAGACAAACUGAGACUAACGGGACAAAUGGACUAACAGAGACAAGCGGAGACACAUUGGACUUACAGAGACAAACGGGGCAAACUGAGACAA